AUGACUCAGUCGACUGGUAACCUUGUCGACCAGAUCGCCCAGCUCAACGCCGCCCGCACUCUCGUUCUGGGCGAUGCCGCCUUCUACCCACAGAUUGUGAAUGGCGUCCUUCCUAUAAUUGGUGCGCGAUCGCGAUUGGAAUUACGACGAUGGGGUGCAGAAUUCUUAGCGGAGACCUUCUCCAGCCCAGCGCUGGCUCCGGCUCAAAAGGAGCAGCUAGCUGCGACGGCAUUGCAAACACUACGAGAGACAUUGGAGUUGCCGGAAAAGGAUACUGUGACUUUGAAACAUAUAGUGGAAGCGGCGGCCAGUUUAUAUCCCCUGGUGUUUAGGCAUAUCAUUAACCACCCCGAAGACUCUACAGCUUGGGAGAAUAUGACCGCUAUUAAGGACGAUAUACUCCGGAGAUGGGAUACAUCCCCAUUUUCGGUGAAAGUAUGCUGUAUCAAGUUCGUACAGCGAGUGGUUCAAGUCCAGACCCAUGGUCUAACGGACCCUAGACGGCCGGAGCAAAAUGAAACGUCCUUGGCCAUUGUUCCCAGAAAUCAUUCCCUCCUCUCCCUCCCGAACCUAGAAGCCGAGGCGUCGGGCCUCCUUGAUAGAUUGCUAUCAGUCUUUCAGGAAGAUGCAAGCGACCCCCUCCUAGUGAAUGCGACCCUGAACAGUCUAGCGAUCCUGAUACGAACCCGACAGUCCAUCGGCAACAAGAUCAUCAAUGCGAUUCUAAGCUUCGUUCCCGCAAGACAAGCACGCACCCCGGUGACACCCGCGGUUCGUGUUGGCGUCAAGUCAAUGGAGCGUACAGCUAGGGCCCUGAUGAUCAAUAUAAUGAAAAGAAACCCCAGCCAUCCUCUCGCAAGUAAAAUGCAACAACAUAUCGAGCGCUUGAUGCAGUCACGCAUAGAAACCGCCGACGAUAGCUCGAAAAAGCGUGGCCUACCGACCGAGCCAACGGAUGGUCUGGACAAUUCCAAGCGAGCAAAACUGGACACGGAAGCUCCUCCAUUGAUCAAGGUGUCACCACUACCCCCAGGUCCAGUCAGUUACUCGCAGCUUUAUACGUUAACCGAAGAUGCUGGGCUUUCCUCCUUUGAUGUGAAGCAACUACCGGUUGAACUUCUCGUCAAAAUUGUGGUUCCUGUUUUAGCUCGCGUAGACCAGUCUGCCCUGCAUCAGGCCAUUGAUGGUGUGCGAAUGCGGUAUCAGACACUCCAGAAGCAACAAGCUGCACAGCCUCCUCCGCCGGCAGCAGGCGAAGAAGAAGAUGAUGACUAUGAGCCCGAAUACCAACCUAUGGACUUUGCCGAACCGUCGGCAGAGCAGGAAGAUGCGCUGUCGGCCGAAGCGGCCGAUCUUCAGCCCGAUCUGGUAUCACUCGGUCCGUUUGUGCUCCCGCAACCUCCCCCUCUAUCGGAAAACGAGGCUACCGAGAUUGGCCGAAGUGCAGUUGGAAGAGUGUUUGACAUGCUGGCAUCGAGCGGCGUGGCGCCAAAUACUGGAAAAGGAAAGAGCCAACAACACCUGGGUUUCUCGAGGCUGGCUGGCAGCACCUUUGAUCGGGAUGCCUGGGUAACAUUACUGACUCGACUCGCGACGCGGGCUCCUGCUGGAUUAGAGGUAGACCGCAAGAAGAACGACCAAGACCCUUCGUCGAGGAGACCGACGAUAUCCGAUUCUAUACGCGAAACAUUGUAUCGAUAUAUACUCGAAGAUUUCAGGGGCCGAGUGAACGUUGGAAUCAUGUGGUUGAACGAGGAAUGGUACAAUGACCGAAUUCAAAUGAGAUUUACUGCGUCCCAACGAGCUGAGGAAGAUGAGGAAUCGUCGGUACUAUUGCACUACGACCAGUGGUCACUGCGGCUUCUGGACGGAUUUCUGCCAUAUUUGGAUUCUCGAGACAUCAAGAUCUUCAUCCGGUUCCUCAGUGAGAUUCCAGAAGUAACUAUCCCCAUCACAAAACGGGUAGCUAGUCUCGCAAAAGACCCCGAGAGAGUGAAUCUCUGCAUCCAAUCGUUAAUGUAUCUCAUUAUGUUCCGGCCCCCGGCGCGGGAAAUGUGUCUCAAUGCCGUAGAGGAUGUUUACCAGACAUACGAGGAAUCACGACCCGCCGCUGGUAAAGUCCUAGCCAGAUGGCGUCCGCAGAGUGUAGCCAUACAGCAAGCACAACCCGAACAAUCAACUUUGGUGAACCGCACAGUUGAAUCAGAGAACAGCACUCCCGUCGCAAACGGUGCGUAG